AAAGUUACAUCAAAAGAAAGUAAAAAAUACUUUUUUAAAGAAAGAUGUCAAAAAAUCGGCUUUGAAUUUGACGUACGAAUGUGACGUAACAAUCCCUUGAUUAAUUAGCCUUCACUAACAGAACAACAUCAGACACAACAUGUAUUUGUUAGUGUAAAUGUUAGCUGCAUUACGUUACAGAUUUUCAUCUCCCACCUAUUACAUAUUCGCCCCGCUCUUUUCUCUUUUUUCCAUUCUAGACGCUAUAUAGGCCGACCAAUGCAUCAUUGAUGUCAGUGUCAGUCAGACAGAGAUAUAGAGUUCACACACACGCUGCUGAGAAGAAUUUCAGAUGAUCGCGGUAUAGUUAUAAUUGAUAGUGGAAAAAGUUCAACUGUGAAAAAUGAACGUAACGGACGACAUCGAAGAAUAUUAUAAAGCUGCCGAAGGACUUGUUCUAACGGCGGGAAAAAUAAUAGAGGGUGCAAUUAAUUUAAAUAAAAAUAUAAAAAUCAAAGGAAUUGAAUGGGAUCUCGUUACGGAGUACGAUCGAAGAAUAGAGGAUGAUUUAAAAAGACAAUUAUCAAAUAUGUAUCCACAGCACAAAAACUUUCAGGUUUAUUGGUGAGGAAACGACUGCAGAAGGAAAUUGUUUGCCAAAAUUAACAGAUGAACCAACAUGGAUUAUAGAUCCAAUAGAUGGUAC